AUGUAUUAUUCUGAAGCUAUUAAAGCACUCUAUCAAAUCUGGUUAGCAGUAGUGAAUGGUUUGAACAAACUGAUCGACAGCUUGAGCGCUGGCUUGGAUAUUUGUUUGGAACAUGUGGUAGAAGAGAUUCGUUACGAUGAUAACAAAGUAUCAGUAACUUGCUCGGUCAAAGGUCAGCAGAAAGCAGUUUUUGUUGCUGAAUGUGUAUUGUCUACCUUACCUCUUGGUGUACUCAAAAGAUCAGUUAAGAACAAAAGUAGAGCACCAUUGUUCAUUCCUCCGUUACCAGUGAGCAAAGUUGAUGCUAUCGAUGCAGUUGGCUUUGGCAAUGUUAAUAAAGUCAUUUUGGUUUUCGAAAAAGCAUUUUGGGGAAGUACGCACGCUUUUGGGCACGCAGUAAAUCCACUAAUUGACACUGGUUUUCGAGGUGAAUACUUUAUGUUCCAAGCACAUGAAAACGUGCCAGUAUUAACAGUUCUUGUCUCGGGCAUGGCAGCUGAAUUCGUAGAGAAUACUCCUGCUCAAAAGUAUAUUUCCAAAAUAAUGGCUUUUCUUAAGGCUGUCUUCGGUGAAGAAUGCCCAGCACAGCCGAAAGAUAUAAUAAUAACACGCUGGCGCUCAGAUUGUUUUUCACAGGGUUCGUAUAGCUACAUUCCUCCAGGUUGCUCUCCUGUGUUGUAUGAUACCCUGUCAGCGCCAGUCAAAGAUUCAUCUGGUUUUGACCGAAUUUUUUUUGCUGGAGAACAUACUUGUCGAGAACAACCGGCAUCCCUGCACGGUGCCUACAUGUCCGGCUUACGUGAAGCUGGUCACAUUGCCAAUCGCCUGAUUGGCAUUCCUUAUUCUUCUAACUUAACGAACUCUGAUGGAACUUCUGACGUAUGUAUAUGA